AUGGCGUGGCAGCCAGAGGAGGGGCCUCUGCGGCAACUCGCAGAGUGCCUACGAGACUCCCUCAGCGGCCAGGACCCUUCCGUCCAAAAAAACGCCGAAAACCUGCUCAAACAGGCCAAGGCCUCCCCUGAUAUCGACAAAUACCUAGCAUAUGUCUUCUCGAAUGGCCAGCCACCGCCCGUCGUCGACAUGGAUGCCCCGAGCUACUUCAAAGCCCGAGCUGCCGCCGCCGUCAUGCUCAAGAAUGACAUCAAAGCCAGCUACAAGACCAUGCCCGAAGAUUCCAAGUCGUACAUAAAGUCCAUUAUAUUGAACGGCCUUCAGGACCCGAACUCGCAAAUGCGAGGCUACGCAGGAAACGUCAUCACCGAGAUUGUACGCUCCGGUGGUCUCCUGGGAUGGUCGCAAGUGCUCUCCGAGCUUGUUGCCAUGAUCGGCAAUGCCAACGCCAACGUCCCACAGCAAGCACAGGAGGGUGGAAUGAGUGCCUUGCUGAAGAUAUGCGAGGACAACAAGAAAGCCCUGAACCAUGAACAUGCUGGAGGACAGCGCGCCUUGACAUUUCUAUUUCCCAAACUGCUCGAAUUCACCACCAGCCCGCUGGCCAAAGUGCGUGCCGAUGCGCUUUCGGCUGCGAACGUAUUCAUACCCGACAACCCCCCCGCAGUCCAGGAAAACAUAGACACAUUAUUACAGCAACUCUUCAACUUGUCUGCGGAUCCCAGCAACGAAGUGCGAAAGCACGUCUGCCGCUCGUUCAAAAUCACACCUUACAUGGAGGGAUUAGUCGAGUACAUGGUCACACAACAACGCAAUUCAGACGAUGCGGAUCUGGCGCUGGACGCCGCAGAAUUCUGGCUGUGCGCCGCCGAAGAUGAAAAGAUGCGUGAACACCUUGGGCCAUACCUUGCCAAGAUCGUCCCGGUAUUAUUAGAGAGCAUGGUCUACGGCGAGGACGACAUCUUAAGGUUAGAGGGAGAAAAGGAGGAUGCGGAACUCGAAGAUCGCGACGAGGACAUCAAGCCUGCCUUCGCCACCAGCAAGUCGGCUCGUCUGACGACGGGCGCCAAUGGCAGUGAAGCAACCAACGUCAACGGUACGACGAACCAAGCUGCACCUGGCAUGGAUGAUGACGACUUGAGCGAAGGAGAGAUCGAUGAUUUCGAUGACGAUGAUUCAGUGGGCGAUCCCGAAGAGCAAUGGAACCUUAGAAACCCGUCUUCCAGGCCACUUCCGUACCUUACAACCAACCUCAGCCACGCAGAAUGGCCACAGCGAGAAGCGGCUGUUCUAGCGCUUGGUGCUAUUGCAGACGGCUGCAUGGAAGUCGUCCAGCCUCACCUACCCAUGCUGACGCCUUACAUGAUUACGCUUUUGUCCGACCCUGAACCUGUUGUUCGUCAAAUCACUUGCUGGUCGCUGGGAAGGUACUCUGGCUGGGCCUCACACCUGGACCAGAACGGCAAGCAGCAAUUCUUCGUGCCUAUGAUGGACGGUAUAUUACAGAGGAUGCUGGACGGCAACAAGCGAGUCCAGGAAGCAGCUGCUUCCGCAUUUGCAAACCUGGAGGAGAAGGCCAACAGCGAACUGGCUCCGUACUGUCCAAUCAUCGUACGGCAAUUCGUCCAAUGUUUUGCCAAUUACAAGUACCGGAACAUGUUCAUCCUCUACGACUGUGUUCAGACGCUCGCUGAACAUGUCGGCCCAGCUCUUGCACAAGACGACCUUGUCAGCAUUCUCAUGCCUGCGCUCAUCCAACGAUGGAACAAAGUCUCCGAUCAAUCAAGGGAGAUGUUCCCAUUGCUCGAAUGUCUCUCGUACGUCGCUACUGCACUCGGAGGGGCGUUCGAACGCUAUGCCGCUGGCAUAUUUUCUAGGUGUGUGAACAUCAUACACCGGAACCUCCAAGAGGCCCUCCUGGCUGCUACCAAUCCUACACUGGAGGCGCCCGAUAAGGACUUCCUGGUGACGAGCCUGGACGUAGUCAGCGCAAUCAUACAAGCCCUCGACCCAUCCUCGAGCUCAGAACUGGUCGCCCGCUCUGAGAACUUCUUCCAGCUUCUCUGCCUAUGCAUGAAGGAUGACAACAACGAUGUACGACAAUCCGCAUACGCGCUUCUCGGAGACUGCGCCAUCUACGUAUUCGACCAGCUACGAUCGCAGCUGCCGGAGCUUCUGGAGGUCUUGAUCGGACAGCUCGAGCUUUCCCAGGUCAUGAUCGAUGGCGAGGAGACCGGGUUCUCCGUCAUCAACAAUGCCUGCUGGUCAGUCGGAGAGAUCGCAAUGCGGGAAAAGGAAGGAAUGCAACGCUACAUCGACCGACUCCUCCAAAAGAUCGCAACCAUCCUGUUUACCCCUAACGUCCCAGACUCGCUCAACGAAAACGCCGCCAUCGCUCUCGGACGUCUGGGCCUGGGCUGCUCGCAGUUCUUGGCGCCGCAUCUCGCACAGAUUGCUCCCCCCUUCAUCCGCAGCAUCGAAAAUGUGAUGUGGACCGACGAGAAGGGCCACGCCCUCACGGGCUUCAUGCAGAUCGUGCUCGCGAACCCUGGCGCGAUGGAGCAAUCUCUCCUACAAUUCUUCAACGAAAUGUCGAAAGCCGAACGGAGUCUGUUUAACGGCCCUACGCCCGGCCAUACGGCGCUAUGGGACACGUUUCAGAAGGUCAUUGAGACGUACAAGGCCAUGAUUCCAGACUUUGACGCCUUCCUUGCGGGGCUGCCGGCGCAACAUCGCCAGAAGUUCAGGGACUUGUACGGUGUCUGA